ACCACCGCGACGGGACGGGACCCACGGGGCGGCCCAGGCUCAGCAAGCGGGUGCGAGUCUCCGAGCCCGGCAGGAUGCGGUGGCCCAGCGUGUCCCUCUGGGGUCUCCUCUGGCUGUGGCUCCCGCUGGCCGGUGGCCGCCCGGUCCGGCUGGAGAAGGUCCAGGCGGACACCAGGAACCUCACCCGCACCCUCAGCGCCCGCAUCCAGCAGCUGCAGCUCUUCCCCCUGAGCCUGAAGAUCAGCGGGCUGGAGGCCAUCCCGGGGGAGGGGGCUCCGGAGGGGCUGGGGGCCAUGGACCACCGCCUCCAGCUCUUCCAGCGCCUGCUGGCCCACCUGGCUACCGGCAGCUUGCCGCUGGCCCAGAUCGCCAACGACAUGGAGAACCUCCGCAGCCUCCUGGCCGCCCUGGCCGCCCGCCUGGGCUGCCCCCCGCCCCGCACCCCCCCGGCCCCCCCGGGCCCCCCCGGGCUGCCCGAUCUGCUGGCCGAAGCCCCCCACACCGCUGCCGGGCUGGCCCUGGCGCGGCUCCGCGUCUGCCUGGACGGCAUCGCCGCCCGCCUCGACGGCCUGCCCGCCUGCUAGGGACACCCCGGGGACACCGGCCUGGGGGGGGGGACACACACCGGCCCUGGGAGGGGGGACACGGGGCUGAACCCCCAGCCCGGGGCCACGGCCGUCCCCACGCGCCGGCACGGCCAGCGCGGCACAACCGGCACCAGAGAGAACUCCAGCCUCGCCGUUUCCUCUUUUUCUACGAUAUUA